UCGGCGGUCGAUCAUAUAUCUGUGUGGAAGGCAGAUGCUUUGGGGCACAGCUCCAGGAUCGCCUAGAAACCUUCGCUCAUGAAUUUUUGCAGAUGACCAAACCUGCAUUCUGCUGUGCCCCCUCACAGAUUCAAGCGCAUAGUGAGGCCCGAGUAUACUCUCUGCAACUGUCAUCGCAUUCGAAGUUUGGACAAGAGAGCCAGCGUAGACGCAAAGUAUCCCGCCAACCAAUACGCCAUGAGCCCUCGGUGCACGCGGAGACCGUCGCACAACAUAUACAUAGACCUGCCGCAAUUUCAUGCGACCCCCGUCUAAAGCCUCGUCAUGCGGGAUCGGGACGCCGCCACGGGUUGGGGACGAGGCCGUUUUUCGAAGGAACGCUUCGCUGCCGAGGGCCAAACAACUCAGUUCACGAGAAAACUGCAACACGAUUCCUCCAAUCAGUAAUUCUUCACACCUUGCUUGGCUUCUAAUCCUAUGUUGAUCUGGUGGCGUGUCAGAGAUGCUUCAACUGGGCUAUCUGACUAUGCAGUUCAGAUC